UUCAGAGGCCCGGCGGAGAAAGACGCGGGCGCGCGCGCGCACGCACACAUACAUACACACACAUAUACACACUCGGACACGGAACCCUCUACCCCCUCCUCCCCCGGGGAACAUCAAGCUUUUACGGAGUCAGCCGGCCGACUUACUUUCUGCGGCUGCCGCUGCACUCCCCCUCCCCCGCAUUUGAAAAAAAUGGCAGAGUCUACGGAGGAGGUGGCGGUGCUGGUGCAGCGGGUGGUGAAGGACAUUAACAACGCCUUCAAGAGGAAUCCGCACAUAGAUGAAAUAGGACUAAUUCCCUGUCCUGAAGCUCGGUACAACCGGAGUCCAAUAGUCUUGGUUGAGAAUAAACUUGGUGUGGAGAGUUGGUGUGUCAAGUUUCUUUUGCCAUAUGUCCACAACAAGCUUCUCCUCUACAGACAAAGAAAGCAGCGACUAAACAAAGAUGAAUUGAUAGAUGUCACGUGUACCCUGCUGCUUCUAAACCCAGACUUUACCACUGCAUGGAACGUGAGGAAAGAGCUAAUCCUGUCUGGCACUUUAAAUCCAAUUAAGGACUUGCAUCUGGGAAAACUGGCCUUAACUAAGUUUCCAAAGAGUCCAGAAACAUGGAUUCACAGGCGAUGGGUGCUACAACAACUAAUUCAGGAAAACUCCUUACCCACUUUCGUGAAGAAAGAGAACUUGGCAACAUUUCCGACAGAAAGAGUACAACGAAUAGUGCAGGAGGAGAUCGAGGUCUGUGGUGAAGCUGCUGGGAGAUAUCCAAGUAACUACAAUGCGUGGUCUCAUCGCAUCUGGGUCUUGCAAUACUUGGCAAAGCUUGAUAUCAAGAUUCUUCUUGAUGAACUGUCUUCCACCAAACAUUGGGCAUCCAUGCAUGUUUCAGAUCACAGUGGAUUUCACUACCGCCAGUUCUUAUUAAAGUCUUUGAUAAGCCAAACUGUGACCGACAGUGCUACAUUGGAACAGAGCCCUUUGGUAAGUGAGCAAAUCCCAGAUCUUCCAAAAGAUGAUGAUGAAGACGACACAUCAGGAGAGCACCACAGGGCAGUGGAUCUUUCCCGUCUUCUAGAGGAAGAAGUUGAACUCUGCACGGAUCUCAUUGAUAACUAUCCAGGACAUGAAACACUCUGGUGUCAUAGGCGGCAUGUGUUCUACCUUCAGCACCACUUAAACAGUAAGCUUCCUCACAGCCUGAUGCGACUAUCACCCGUGGACAGCAGUGGUGGGACUCUAAAUGACUUAAAUCUCAGCCCAGCAGUCACUCAUAUGACUCAGGCCAUGGAUGUGGAUGGCUUAAAUGACUCUAACAAGCAAGGCUAUUCCCAAGAAACUAAACGACUAAAACGGACACCAGCUCAGGACUCCCUUGGCAUAGAAAUGGAACACAGGUUUAUUGAACAGAUUUUGUCCACCUGCCGAAAUGUAGAACAAGCCCGGUUUGCUAAUGCUUACAGGAAGUGGCUGGCUACUUUGAGUCAGUGAAAGCGAUGGAGAAUUCCUUCAGGGUUUAUUUUUAGUGCAAUAUUAAUUCCUUUUCCUUUCUUACGCAGCUGCAUGUACUGGUUCUAGUAUUGGUUCUUCACCCUUUAGGAUCAAUUUUAGGGUUUGGAGGAAGACUCUUGUAUCAUUUAUUUUGUUAGGAACAGGCAAUUCUUUUGUAGAAAAACAAAAACAUUUUCCUAGUAUAUAGUGAGUCUUAAAUUUUGAGGAAAAAAACUUCAUAUCCUUUGCAUUUCUACUUUGGGCAGCUUCAUAUUUUGUUCUCAUCACUUUUUUCCCUUUUUUGGGGGGGGGAAGUUUACUUGUUAACUUGCUGUUAUUAAAAAAACACCUUUCAAACAUAAUACAUUUCUAAUGACUAACAUUAAAUGACUUGAUCUACUUUUUGGUUUAGGAAACAAAUACAGAUAUGGGAAAAUAAAAAUAAAUACUGACCCUAAUGUGCUCUACCUGUAGAAUGAACUCACCAAAGUCAGUAGAGUCGGGUUUCAAGCAUAAAACUCUCUUAAGAGAUUACCAGUUUAUCAAAGGAUUAUAAUUUUAAAUGCUAACUUCAUGAGGUUAUGUUACUGCAGUACUGGAAAAUUAUUUUAAUUAUACAUUCUGAUUAUUUUUCCUUUAAAUUGGCACAGGCUACAAAUACCAAACUUAAACCCUAUGCAAUCGGGAUCUUUUGUACCAAGUUUUUUUUUUUAAAUUCUUACUGUCUUCCUUCACAGAUUUGUUGGAUUGGGGAAUCAGAUUAAUGAAACAUUGAACUUUGUUUGUAAAAAGUUCACCUAUAUUUUAUUGAUUUACCAGAUCAGCAGACCAUUAUCUUGCUUAUAUUUCUGAAAAUUUAUGAAGUAUACUACAGAAUUCUAAAGAGAUGAAUAUUAAAGAUUUUGGGGAGAAAUAAAUGUGGGGGAACCUUAAGAAAUAGGUUAAAAACAUUUACAUUUUGGUACUGAAAUUGUCCAGACUGAAGACUCAACAAUCUACUUUAUAUCCAUAUAUCCAUUAUCAAAGACGCUAUAGAUAUUUUGAAACCAAGGGUUCAAUCCCAGGGUUUCUCUCUUGUUUUCCUUGAACCCCAAGGGUUGAAAAUAGUAAAGGGAGAUACUGCUCUCCCUGUGUUUUCUUUUGCUAAUUGUGUCCACCCAUAGUUUUCUCCCUCCUCAUUAUCUGUCCUUUUCCACCAUAUCCCUUUGUUAUUUCUUGUCACUUAUCCUUUGUUGUUUGUAUAUUGUUUUCCUUUCUGUAUUCCUUCAGCAAAAAGUACCCCACCUUUUUUUCUUGUCUCAAAAAAAAGGGCCAGGAAGGAUGUAUAACGUAUGACCAGUCCUAGUAAUACCAAAUUGGCAGAAAUUGCUGACCAAAAUGAGAGUACUUUCAAAUCCCUGGCUCUCGGGGAGGGAUAUGAGCAGUAGAAGUAGAGAUGCAACAUCACCCUACCUCCUGUGCUUCCAAGUUUCACUUUUUAAUUGUGGGGAGUAGGGGGAUAGGACCCAGGAGAAAGAUAGAUUUUUUGCUAUUUCACUCUUAUGAAAACCCCAGAUUAACUUGAACUUUAAGGCAGUAUAGGAUACUGGAAAAAGUCCUUGAUUUUGGAUUUAAACAGCAUGAUUUCAAAUCCCAUCUUUGCUACUUAUUACCUGGGUAACUUUGGGCAAGUCACUUUACCUCUUGGACCUCAGUUUUUUUUUUUCCACCCAUGAAAUGAGAUAAUUGAUCUUUUCCAGCUGUAAAGCCUAUGAUCCCAUAAUUUAAAGAGGUUUCUCUCAAGGGAAUGCAAAAUUUACCUGUUACUUUGGCAUCAUAGUUCUGUUUAGUGACAAUCAGACAGUGAGCCUUAACAGGAUCCCAGGAAAAAUUGGCCAGCCUGGCCCAGUGGACCUAGAGACCUUAAAUGUAUGACCAGCUGCUGCUGGGCUUCUUCCUUGGGGCAAAAGUGACUGUUUAGCAAACCUUUCAAUCUAUAUUCUUAUCCUUGUGAAUAUAGUCCUGUGCCCUGAUAUACAGAGCCCUUUUCAGCAGAAGUUCCUGAAUCUAAUACCUCAGGGUCUGGAACCUCUGUGAUUAGUCAUUAGCCUGGGAUUCUUUCUUAGUGGUUACAUAGAAGUGGAGAAGAAAGAGCAGGUCCAAUUCAUCCUGCUAGUGUACAUAGCCAACCAUUGCCUCCAUACAAUAUUAAUUUCAGUUUCUUUUCUAAGCUUAGUUUUAAAUAUCCUCAAUAAUAGACUUCUCACAUUUUCAUGAUUUUUCUAUUUGAGAAAAGCUGUUGGAAUGUUUUCAGUAGUAAAUCGAAACUUUUUGGUCCAGUUUUUCCACUCUUAACAAUGUUCUUAUGAAUUUAGGACCUUCUUAUACCUUCUCUAGAACAACUUGCAUUUCCGUAUGUACAGCCUUUAGGUCUUUCAAGGCUAUGUCAUGCCCCUAAUUGAAAUAAUUCAGUUCUUGAAUCCACAUUGGUCUCCUCUCUUACCAAGGUCAGAGCAAUAAGUGAUAAUUAGUAGUUGGAGAGGAGGAUGUGCUUGGCAUCAGAAAUUUCUGUGCUAAAUUUUUCCUAAAAUCAACAGGUGUUACGUUCAUUUAACAGAAAAAAGUUAGGAUAUGUAUGAAUCCAAGGGGUUCCCCUGCAAAAAAAAACAAAACGAAAGCAAUUUUAAUUGUAUAAUGGCAUUGAUUCUUACCAACUCUAGUAGCAUAGUACAAAUAACUCUGAUAGGAGACAGUGUUAGAGAAGUAGGAAUAAGUAAGGCCCUAUGUAGUAGAAGGUUGUAUGAGUGUUAAAGGUCCUUUUUUUUUUUCUGGAAAAGUCAAGGGGGAAAAGGUCUGUAAGCAAAUUGGCUAUUCUCCAUAUUGAAAGACUGCCCCAUCCUCAUGACAAAAGAUGCAGUCAAGUAGCCCCCUCAGUCUGGAAUUCAGAGUGAUCCUAUGGUAAAUGAAAUCAAACUAUCCUUGUAAGUCUUAACUUUUUUUACCGCCUCAAGGUUUCCUACUUUUCGAAUGCAGUAUUUGCAAACUAUGCUGUGUGCCUUGCAGUGCUCAAAAGAGUGUAAGAAAUAGUGACUGGACUUGCGAUUUUAUUGAUCUAGGGAACUACCAGCAGAUUGAGGAAACACCCUCUGUCAGUUCAGGUAGGCACCUUUUCUUCAAAUUAGAACCUUAGAUAGUUGCCUAGACCACUGAAAAUUUAGGUGACUUGCCAGGGAUCACAAGGCCAAUAUGUGAUUGAGGCAGGACAUGAAUCCAGGUCUUCCUGGUUUUGAGGUCAGCUCUCUAUCCACUGCUACUUUGCCUCUCAAAGAUGAUAACGAAACAAUUCAUUCCAGCAAUAUAUGUGUGUGUGUAUAUGUGUGCAUAUAUCUACGUAUUUAAAAAUAUCUUUCACAACUGGAAAUGCUCAUUUAGGUGCUGGUUUAACAUCCCAUUUGAAAAAGGUGGUAUGAACAUUGGCUGAGAAUUCUGAAGCCAGUUCCGCUACAUUAAGAUCAUUCCUUUGACCAUUUUAAGGUAUUGGAAUCAGACUUUAAGAGUGCAAUAUUUUUUUACCUAUGGGGUUUAUCUGUUUGUUGAGAUGUAUAUUGGAUAGGUGUGUCUGCUUUUUUUCCCAGCUUCUGAACAGUGAAAUCCACCUUUUGAGAUAAUUCUUAAAACUCCGUACUGAGUCAUUAGGGAAGCUGACCUACACUUUGAAAAUCCUCUUUUCUCAUUCCUGCUUUGCAAAUUUAGUUCAAGGCCCCAUGAGGUUAUAAUCAGAGAAAGUAAAAAUAAAAUAACUGAUAUGGAGUGCUACCUUAGUGUUAAAAUAAGGAUUUUUGUUCAUACUGAUCUAUUCCAAAAAUCAUUAACAGAUAAGAAACAGUAACCUUUCUACUGUGGCUUUAUGUGUUUGCUCCUAGAAAUACCCAGGUCAGAUGGUUGGGUGUCCUCAAGUUCAGCUCAUGUGUGACACCUUUGGCUUACUUCCAGCUGACCAGAGAUACGUUCGUGCACACACGUCUGUACAUACAUGUGAAUGUGUAUGUAUUUACGUAUGUGUACACAUAAAUAUAUGCUUUUGUAUUGUUAUUUUUAAAAUGCAUUGUGACUCGAGAAAGGUAAUUUCUUAUUCCCUUUUUUCCCCACUUGAUGUAAGAGUGUGGUGUAAGAGGCCAAGUAAUGGAUGUAAUCUAAUCCUAAACUUGUUGGGUGACAGUUUUGUCCCCUGUGCUUCAGUUUCCUCAUUUUCUAGAGGAAAGUGGUGAAGUUUUGCCAAUAGAAGUAUUACAUAAUCUUUUCCCCCAAAAGAUGUUUCAAAUCUACUUGUGUUAUGUUGUCCUUAAAUUUAAAAAAAAAAUUUUCCAAAAAGCAAAUUUUGUGAGUGAAUUUAAAUACUUUUUAAUAAUUGUACCAUUUUAUUUUACAUAUGAGGUUCCCAGAUGGAUAUACUCUACAUCCAUUAGCACCUUACAGCGCCCCAUCCCCAAAGUAUAAUGUGCUCUAGAGUCCUAUUUUAUGGAGGAGGGAGUUGAGACAGGAAUCACUGGAAAAAUCUAACAUCCAUUUAAGUUGUGAAGAAGAAAGCCAUGAUCAGACCCAUGGAAAGAUAUAGUGAAAAGAGCCCUGGAUUUCAAGCCUCAUACCUUAGUUUUCCUAGUUUACUACCUGUGUGACCUUGGGCAAGUCACUUAACUUCUGGGCCUCAUUUUCUUUAUUUGUUUAAAUAAGGGGCUUGGACUGAAUGAUUGACUCUUAAGUUGCUUCUUUCUCUCUAUAGCCUAUCAAUUCUGUUUUGUUUUUUUAAGAUUUAAAACAUACAACUUUUUACAUAAUUUUUGUUUAUUAGAGUGCCUAUAUUCUUUGAAGCAGGAUUAUAAUUAUCUAAUUCUAAUUUUGGAGGCAGAAACCAAAAACAAUUUGAAGAAUACUGACAGCUAUAUCAAGUACCCAAGAAGUCAUUCAGAUGUUAACUGCUGGAUAGUAGUAACUCUUGAUUUCAGUAGACUUCUUAAUGAAGAGAUUGUCGUUUGUUGUGUUAGAGGUUGUUGACAUGGACAGAUAGGAUGUUUUGGUUUAUAUUUUAAUUUAAUAAUUAAGAUUUCCAAGCACUUUACCAAGAAUUGGUUAUUAUUUUCUUACAACCAAUUUUUUUUUUCCUGUUUGAGGUAGCCCAUUUAAAAGGCUGCCCAUUUAUUUUUAAGGGUUGCCAUGCAGCCUUUUUGUAACAGAAUUGUGGUAUUGCCCCCUAAAAGAAAGAACAGACGUUAUUUUAAGUGAAUCCUUUGUCUUGGUGUAUUCAAAGCCUGAGUUGUCAGAAUUUCAGGCUUGACACAAAACAACUGAAAAAUAUGACAAAAUUAUUCAGAAUAAAAAGGUGCAAAUAGUAGAAGAAAAACAUUUAAAGUGAUACUUUGUGGCUUCAUAACACUUUUCUUACCUAAGAUCCCAAAGUGCUUUACAGAGAAAUAUUAGAACCGCCAACACACAGUAUGUUUUGCAGGCUAGGCAGACAUUGGAUAAGUUGUGAUUCUGGGAGACUAGUCCUUUGAGCCUGCCUCCCAUACCAGCCUUUGGUACUAUUAAUUAAGCCGGCUCAGGCUCACUUCCUUCUUAGCACUACCAGAAACCAAACUCUUUACUCAGAAACAUAAAUUAUAAUAAUGAGGUAGCGUAGUCUGCUCAAGAAAUCCUGUGCUUCCAAGAAUAUUAAGUAUAAACAUUUUAUGCUUUCCAAAUAUUAGUAUAGUCAGUGAUGCUAACCCUGACAUUUCCUUUAUUAGUGUGUAAUUACCUCUCAGGGUAUAGGAUACUUAGUAAAUUUAGGAUAAACUUUUUAUAGUCAGUGGCAAAAAAAAGAUAAAGGCAUAAUUGCCUAAUAUAUUACUAGCUCUCAACAUUUUUAGACUAGAUAGUAUUUUAUAUAAAUCACUAGUUAAUAUAGGAGCUGGUAACCUGCUUUGAGACUGCCUUGUGCAUCGAUGCUGCUCCCAUCCCCAUAGUAUGUAUCGUGAGCAUACUUUACUAUGUAUCUUAGAUGAAAAUUAUUUAUAUAUUUCCAUCUUCUCCAUGUUUCAGGGAAGGCAGGAGAGAAUGUAUCUGUUUUGUACUUUUGGUUGCUAUAGAAUGAACAAGUUUGAAAAUUUGAAGAGAAUGAACACUAGAGGUACACAGACUUAACAAAUGUUUUGCCUCAUAAGAUGUCUAUCCGCUAGACAGUGUUUAUGUCCAUGCCAUCUGUAGUUAAGUGUGGAAAACUAAAUUGUUAAAGACUAUGGUUAAAAUUGUCUUAGUUUAUUAUUUGGCACUUCAGGUAUGUAAGAAUUGGAAGAAAUAUUUUAUGCAAUAGAAUUUUGAUAGAGCAUUAUUAUGGAGAAGCAAAUUAUCUCUUUGUGGGGGACACUAUUGUAAAUGAACAUUGUGACUCUCUAGCUGCAUAAGCAUAAUAAAUAAAAUUUAGAUUAUUCUGCUCCAUAGAAUAUAAAUACAAGAUGAAAUGAAACUUGGAAUUUAGAUUUAUUUGAUGGAUUUCAAAAAGCGUUUUGUUUUACAUUAUCACAUCCAAAUUUUGGCAAGACCUUUCUUCAUGCAGUGUUGCUAAAUACAGUCUUUCUGAUUAAAAAAGGUCUCCCCUCUACAACUGAGAUGGAAGGUUGACCCAAGCCCACAUGUGCCUGAAUUAAUCAGAUAAUUGUGUCAACCUUCUACUCUCCUUUGGGUAUUGCUCCCAUUAAGGGGAAUAGGGAACCAGGAUACUCUGGAGCUUUCCAUGACUACCAUUAUAGUCAGCCUUAAUGUGGGAGCAUGGCAAUCACUUUCUCUAAGUACUAUGCAGUAUCGUGCAGAAAUGUUUACUUUUUACAUUAUAUAAAGUAAUUUAUAUCAGAUGAGAUUUUUUUCAUAUCUUGAAAAGGACAUAUGAGCAAUUUAAAAUCAUUCUUAUGCAUAUUCGUAUUUAUUAAGUAUUCAUUUAUUUCCCUAAAAUCUCAUUACCUUGCAUUUGCUACAGGUAUGUUCUUAUUUAAUAAAAGUUGAGUGCAGGCUAAGUAAAAAUGCGCAUAAUCGAUGUUCAGUAAAUACUUAUUGGCAAAGUCACUGUGUCAAUCAAACUGACAAUAAACCUUACAUAAUGAAGGCGAAUGUUGUCCCCCAUUCUUUGAAUAGAAUUGAGUGAAAUUGUUUUACAUUUUGACAUUUUAAAGUUAUAUUGAGAUGAAUUAUUUUGACUUCCUUUUUUAAAAGUGUGUUAGGAAUAAUAUUUACUUAGAAUAUGGUAAAGAAAUAGAAAUUGCAAAAAUUUAGCUGAUAUUCCCCAGUGCAUAAUCAUAAUUAUUCAUUAGAUUUAGCAUUAAAUUGUUUUGAGAAGACUGUUGUAGUCUUAGAAGCUACCCAGAUUAUAUUUUGAUGUAGGUAUUGUUUAGCUUAGGUGCCAUUCAUUUCCUCCUAAAUUGCUGUUGCUUUCCAGUAUACUUUUCUUAAUGGUAAUGAAUAAAAUGUGAAAUUAGCAUAAAUAUUUAUCUAUUUGUAGAAUGGCUUUUAGGGGCACCUUUCCUAGGAUAAAAUCCACUACCCUUCACAAAUAAUAAACCAAGAACAUGAAAGUUUAUGAAUAAGAUUGAGAAUUACAAACCUUUAAAAAGAUUUUUGAGAGAAUUUUCCUGGGCUCCUAAUAAAUAGGUGAAAGCAGCAUGAGAGAUGGCAGUUAAGAUUGUGUGUCAUGGCUAUACUUCAGGUUUCAAAGCAACAAAAUGAUUAUAAAUAUUGUUUAUGCAUAUACUGUCAUCUAAAAGAGAAAACUCAAACUGAGAUUGAUUUAUCCUUUUGAGUUGACAAACUAAAAAUUAAAGAUUGUCAAAAUGUAGCAAUUGUUUUCUUCCUUUUACUAUAACAGGGAGAGAGGGGGGAAAAAGACAAAUGAUUAUUACAAUGAAAAUCAAAUUGAAACACUUAAAAAUAAAUAGAUAAAUCUUUUCAUUACUAGUCAGUGAUGUGGUCACCUGGAAUUUGGAACCCUCUUAGUGUUACUAUUGCUCACAUGUUUUCGUUAUUAGAAUUUACUACCUGUGUUAAUUAUAUGUUGCCUGAAGAUUUUCCAAGUGUUUAAAAUUAGGUAAAUUGCAGUUCAAAUUUGAGAUUGUUUUAAGAUGGCAUUAAACAGUUCAUGUUUAAAUGUA